CCGGUUUCCUUGGUUGUUUAUAUGCUAACACCGACUAGCUAGUUUGAGAUUUGUUAGCUCUGGGAACUUUGGUAAACUCUCGUAAAUUUGUGUAUAAAACGUUCAGAUUUGUGAGUAAAGAUGGGAUGUGACGGAGGAACUAUUCCUAAAAGACACGAACUGGUUAAAGGACCAAAGAAAGUGGAAAAGGUGGACAAAAAUGCAGAACUCGCUGCCAAGUGGAAAUACUGCAGUCUGAGCCAAGAGAAGCUACGCCGUCCUAUUGUGUCUUGUGAACUUGGCAGGCUGUACAAUAAAGAUGCCAUCAUCGAGUAUCUGUUGGAUAAAUCAGCAGAAAGACCAAACACUGAAGUUGUUGCACACAUACGUAGCAUCAAGGAUCUGAAAGAGUUGAAUCUGACUGAUAACCCAGCAUGGGAAGGGGAGAGGAGGAACGCUAAGGGUGACUGCUAUGAAGACAUGCACUGUGGCAUGUUUAUCUGCCCUGUAGUGGGACUGGAAAUGAACGGCAAACACAAGUUUUGCUACUUGCAUACCUGUGGCUGCGUUUUCUCAGAACGAGCUCUCAAAGAGGUCAAGACGGAGAUCUGCCAUAAGUGUGGAGACCCCUUUCAUGAAGAUGAUAUUGUGAUGCUAAACAGUAGCAAAGAAGAGCAAGACAAGCUACAGAAGGCAAUGGAAGAGAGAAGGGCCAAGGCUAAAACAGCAAAGAAGUCAAAGAAAAGCAAGGCUCUUGAGACUGUUUUCAAAUCACCAGAAUCAACAGCCCCUGAGAUGAAAUCAACACCAGCAAAUGGAGAAAGCAUCAGCAAUAGCUCAGCUCCAGGACCCUCUGGCUCUUCAAAGCCAGUGAAGGUCACUGCUGCAGCAGGGAGUAAAAGGUCCAUUCAGGACACAGAGAAGUCAGAGGCCUACAAAUCUCUCUUCACAUCUCACAGCUCUGCCAAGCGUACCAAAGACCAGAUGUCCAACUGGGUUACUCACACACCUUACCACUUUUAAGAGCCACAUGGUUAGUGAUAAGUGGAAGAGAAAGUCUCUAAGAAGGCAUUUAAAUUCCUCCUUUGAACAUAUUUGACCUAAUUCAGCAAUUUUAAUGUUUUGUGGCUUUAAUAUAUGAUUCUUUCAAACACGUAUGCCGUAUGACUAUUAUUUUUCUAGCAUGUUUGUAUUUUAUCGAGCAAAAAAAGGUUUAAUUUUUUUUCUGGUAUAUUUUCACAUGGAUUCUUUUAUUGUUGUACUUUUUCCCUACAGUAGUUUUGUGAAAUAUUGUUUUAUUAGUAUUAGUGGAUAUUCAUAUUGCUGGCUCUGUUAUACUGACUGGUUUGGCUCAACUUGUGCACAAAGAAGGAAAGGUCAUUGCAAAAUAGUAUAAAUUUAUUCUCAAGAUUUCCAUACUGAUCGGAGAGGUCUCUUCAUCCAUAUGGUGCAAAUUUUGUCAUAUGGCAUGCCAGUCUCAGUCACUAGAUAUCAACCAUUUUAUAGCUUUCCAGUGUAAUAAAUUCCUUGUACUGAUUUUAAAUGCACCUCCACUCUAAAGUGAGAAAUGGACAAAAACAUUGCAACCAAAUGCCACCACUGGAUAACAAAGCCACCAGUAUUUCCUUUAAUUUGUAACCUGUUUUACUAAAAAAAAACAUCAUCUAAUAAACUUUAUACAUUAUAAGAAGAACGCGGCCGUAAUGUAAAAUCAUGCUUCCACAUUUGAUGGUGCAUGGUUUGAAAAUAAAUAAAGGUCUUUGCAAACUUU